GCCGGUCCCAAUAUCGGAUCCUCGAUCGGGAGAUCGGUUCAAUCGGAGAUCGAAAACGAUCUCCCGAUCGAUCUCCAAUCUGCGUCCCAAUAACAACGGAUAGCAACAAUCGAUCGAUUUUCAAAAUGGAUCGCCGAUCGAUCUAUUUUGUGAAGUUCCCUCCCGUGCGUUCCAUUUCAAGCAGAUAUAAUUAUGACUAUGUUGUAAACCUAUUAAUGGAUUUAAGAAAAUAUGCAUACUUUAGGGUUUUGACGUACUAAUGAAUUAUUUAUUUGUUACGUAUUAUAUGAAUAAAACACGUGUUUUAACAUUUUCCAAGCAAAUUAUCAUAAACCUACUCAAGUUUUGGUAGCGGAGCGUAAUCAUAAUCUGAGAAACGAAUCGUCUCUCAGUGUCAUUUGACAUCAGAUUCAGUCAGUUUAAAAUUGAAGCUUUUGUUCGUGGUUUGUUGCUACAAGUAAAUAAUUAUCAAAAUAUUGAAUUAUUAAGUUAGUGAAGUGAAGUGAAAUACCAUGGAAAGUGUAAGUGCAAUGGUAUCAAGCAAGCCUCUCACAAAGGACGAGUCAAAAAUACUGCUUUCGUUUAUUGAAAGUAGUAAAAUUAUUUAUAAUAAAAGAACAAAUGCGACUAAUAACAAACUAAAAAAUGAGGAGUGGAAACGCAUAAGCGACCAUUUCAAUGCUGUGGUGACCACAUCCUACCGGACACCACAGCAGUUGCGUUUAAAAUGGGAAAAUCUCAAAAAGAAUUCCCGUAAACGCAAUACACAAAUACGUAUGAAUAACAUAAAGACUGGUGGUGGUGGUCCUUCCUACAUCCCCCCUGAUGAUGUGUUGGACAGGGUGGCUGCAUUAUUAGGAAGUACUGUAGAUGGUUUCACAGUAGCAUAUGGUGGUGAUGCUGAACUAAUACCAUGUGCCGGCAGUAGUAAUGGUGGUGGUGAUGAACAUGGUUUGGAGGGUGUUAUAGAUAAUGUAAUUGAUAAUGGUGCUGAGGUGUUGGAGUGUAACAGUGGUGUUGAGGUGUUGAAAGAGUGUGUGGUCGAAGACACAGGGCCUUGCUCAGUCACACCACCUAACCCCAAAUUUUUACACACUCCCAAAGCCAGCGGUUUCAAAAGAAAAUCAAAAUUUGACGAGCACCGGGCAUCCAGAAACCAGGCAAUAGCUAAUUACUAUAAUGCAAAAAGUAAACUUUUAGAAGCAAAAUUUGAAAAUAUUGUGUUAGAAAAUAAAAAAUUAAAAUUAGAAAUUGAAAAACUUAAGAAUGUAAAUUAACCUUAUUUUAUUUUAUAGUUGAUAUUUUUGUUUGUAUUUUUAUGCAGGUCUUAUAUAUAUAUAUAUAUAUAUAUGUGUAUAUAUAUUUUUAUUUUUGUGUUAUAAAUAAAUACCUAAUUAAGUUAGCAGUUAAAGUGAUGAUAAGUUUGUUCAAAUGUUUGUGCUAAAUAUAAAUAAUAGAUAAGUAUUUUCAUUCAUAAUAAAACAAAAUAACAGUUACAUACAAAAA